CGCCUGAUAAUUUGGGUGCAAAAACAUGCUGACCCUCUUGUAAGUAGAGAUCGAUGUAAAGUCGAUCCCAACUACAUUCUUCAUUUCCUCCGCACAAAAUGUCCUUUGCGACCAUCUUUUUUGACUUUUCCGGACCGGAGGAAGGGGAGGAGAUUCACCGAAUCGAGUGGGAGGAUGCGUGGGCACCACAAGACGAAAGUGAUGCACAUUCAGAAUUGCACACCAUACAACUUCCGUCCAUGAGCAUAAUACAGCAUCAAGUAGACAACAACCGCGCAAGCAGGACGACCAAGAACAUGUUGACUUCGGCACAGCCACAGGUGGACGUCGUCGCUGCUCCCGAAGUAGUAGUAGAUCCUCGUCGCUCUCUAGCAGCCACGACGACCCAAACCGCCCCGAUCACCCCGAUUCCCGUCAAUUGUCCGGACAACACGUGGACAAAAUUUACCUACAACUUGGUCCAGGACGACACGCACCACACCGGCGCUUCUAGCAACUUCGACGUGCAGAAGGUCGUGGCGGAAUCUUGCUACAAGGUGAUCCAAACGCAAAACGCGUGGACCAGUCAGAUGGGGGCUGGGGUGCAGGGCUGUUUGUUAUUGAGAGGAAAAUCCCCCUUUCCCCAUAUCGAAGCGGUACAUUUCCGAAAAUUUGUGUUGCUGAUUUGAGACCACAAAUCACGGCUUUCUUGCUAGAAGACAAGUGCAGAGGCCUCCGCGCCAUUGUGGAAGCGAUUUGGCAUGCUGUUGAGCCUAGGGGACUGCCGUUUGUAUAUGCGAAACAACUAGACCCUAACGCCCCUACCUAGGCUGAGGAUCUGGCUGCGAUGCCUCACUGCAAGACAGCGCGCAUCUGUGUGCGGAGGUCUAGCACCAGAAACUUCGUCUCGAUAUGGAGAGGGGAGAUUUUUCCUUACGAUGUUUGUACUGCGAGAAACUGUGUGAGGAUGAAGGCGGGACGUUAGUCACCAUCACGGAGGAAAACCUAGAAUUCGUCGCGAAACUUACGGUAUGGAUUGCAAAAGUGUCUGGGUCUGGAAGAGUGCGCGACUUGUCAUGCUGCUUUUCCAUGACCCAUGAGGUCCGGAAUGCAAGACCUAGCAUGACAGAUUCUGUGCGAUCUCUCUCAUGCCAAUCCUGCAUGAGAAACUCCCUCCCGACUUGGUCAAAACUGGAUCUUUUGGUAAUCAUGCAACAGAGAUUUUUGCAUGCUUCAGAUUUAGCAUGACAAGUUGCAUUGUUCUUCCAGACCCAGACAUUUUUGCAAUCCAUAUACGGACGACGCGGUGAAGCCUCUGAAGGGGUAUAGCGCAGCAGCCUGCGUCGGCUUGUACCGGGGCUGGUCCUCGUUCAAGCGCGAUUGGUUCUGGAUCCGGGAGGAACUGACGUAUCAGCAGGUGGUCGGCGGGGGAACAACAACGACUGUCGGUUCUCCAGUUUACAACCUGACGGGCACGGGGUUGCGAGAAAAGGCCAAAUGGGUCGACUGGCAGGUGGGGAACCCGCGGGAGGGAGCCGGGAUUCCGCAGGACUGCGGGUUUAUGUACUCCGGCCGGAUGAAGCGGCCGGGGCGGUUGUACAACGUGCCGUGCAAGCCGUACAAAUCGUUUGGGGAACGGGAGUGUAUCUGUCAAUCCCCCGGGAGGCCGCACUUGAAGUGGGCACAUGACAAGGCGAGACUGGAGGCGACAAUGGACAUGAGCGACGGAAUGGACAAAUUUUUCUACGACACCGCCACAUUCUACUUACCGCUUCCGUUUUGCGGCCUGUUUGGUUUGAUGCUUCUACGCGCGCUGUUUGGCUGGUUGUGCGCCAGCCGGCGGGGAACUACCACGAUAGCGGGAGGAGGUUCCGCCGCGAGUACUAAGCAGAAACAGGCUGGAGCGUCUGUUGGUGUUGACCAUGCGGGCGAAAGUCAAAAGGAAUCUGGAACAGCGGAAAAAGCAACGCCGGCGAACAUCCAAGCGUCCUCUUCGCACGAGCAAGAGCAAGCCUCUGGCUCGCAUUACGAGGCCGUUCAGAUUCUGCCGGGGCUACGAUUUUUUGCGAUCUGGCCGCUGUGUCUCACGGUGCGAAGUAUUUGUCAUGACAAUUAUGGCACUGCGAGAAACGUCUACAGCAGUACGACGCCAGGGACGAACGCCGGAGUAGACCUGAGCGGCCCCGGAGUCGCGAUCGGCGCACCAGACUCCUACAAUUACGACGAUGCGCACCCUCUGACAAUAAACACCGCAGAACAUCAGCUCUCCGCUUCCCCCGACUCCGGCUGUUGCAACUACGGGAGAACCUGUUUAAUUUUCCCUGCUUGGCUCUGUUCUUCCUACUGUCUCACCGAUUUCUCCGUGCGUUUUGUCUGGCGGCUCCUCGUGGCUGUUUACUUCGCACUCCGGGCGUUUUUGUUGGCGGAGGAGGGUUUCAUCGUGCUUGGUGCUUACUAUGUGGGCAUGGGAGUCGUCAGUCUGGUUGCGCACUACACCUUAGGCCGCGUGCUGGUGGACUCGCCGGAUCGGGUUAGGAAAAUUUUGGCUUGCUACUCUACUACUGCUUCGAGCGGUUCAGCUGAACAAGCCCCGUUUAUUGGGACUGUGCAGCGCCAUCUCCUCCAAUCUUGGCCGGAGCGACUCCGGCAGGCGCAGAGGAGAAUGGUGACUCGCAGACUGCUCCCCGUGUUAUUGGUCCGCGCAGUGUACUUCUUCAUCCAAGAACGGUUUCGUGGCGGAAUCCAGACCUCGGUGUUUUUCUUCGGCGCGCUGCAGCCGUUGUUUUGGCUUCUCGCCGUGCUGUCUCUGACUUCCGACGCGCUUUGCGAGCAGUUGGAGAGGUUUGUGCUGAAGAGGAUCGAGGGGUGCAUUCUGGCGAACAACAGCCAAUUUAACAGUACAACCGGCGGGACCACCACGUGGACGACGAGCAAAGAGAGCAAGACGAGCGGGGUGAAGAAAGAAGAAUUACAGGCACUUUCAACAACAACAGCAUCUUCUGCAGCAAACGACAGUUUUUUGUCGCGUUCAUCCUCGCCUCCCCUGCUGCAGGUCUUCGCCGACCACUUCAAAAGACACGGGAAGAUGAUGGAAGCGACCCGGAAAGUGUUCGGCACCUCCAUCGCGGUGUGCUUCGGGACUCUCACCGUGGGGCUGUUGUGCAACCUCCUCUUCGCGUUGACCGGGUCUCCCUUCUGGAUGGCGCAGCUGGUGAUUUGGUUUGUGCUCUUUUUCGUGUUCAUGCGGCUCUUGUCGCGACUAGGCGACGCGUACAACACCGCCUUGCAGAAAAUUCGGGAGUUACUGCUGUUUGUAACCGCAACGACGACGACCGGAAGUACUUAUUCCGGUUUUACAACAACCGCUGCAGGUGCACUAGCUUCUUCGAACAACGCAGGCACGACUGCUACCGUGCCAGUCGACUUUUCACCCGCUGCUCCUGGUGGAGCGGGAGGAGUUUCCGGCGGCGGUCAACAUUUUGUGGGCCCCCAGCAACAGCUUCAGCAUUACGCCAAUAUCGUCCCCCCGACAGUCGGCGGGACGAUGCGGGCGAAUCUGGAACUGAUCGUGAAAACCAUGGAAGACCGAUUGGUGAUGAAGCAGCACACGUGGGUGCUGUUGGGCUCCCCGAUUACUGCGGACGUUUGAAGCAGACUACUGCGUUCUUAGUAGCGAGCUGCUUACUCACCUUCGCACCGAUGUUUCUACAGAAUACGCAAGGAUAGGACCACGUUGAGAGAACUGAAAGCAGUUCGGCCUUUUGUUGAAAAUAUUUCCGGAAUCGAACAGAAGCGAUAGUGUCGCUUUAUUUCCCUAUUCAAUUUUCUAUCAAGUGCUCAAACAGACUUUGAGAACAGUUGUAC